AUGGCCUGGGUUCUGGUGGCAGCUUUUGCCGCUGCAGUAUACGCUGUCUCACUAUGCAUAUAUCGCAUUUUUAUAAGCCCACUGUCCAAAAUUCCUGGCCCGAAAUUAGCUGCAGUCACUGGCUGGUAUAAAACAUACUUUAAGUUGUGUCACAAGUUUAGUGGCCAGUAUCUCUUCCACAUCCAGGCACUUCACAAAAUAUAUGAACAUCACCUACACCGCAUGCGCCGUACUUCCCAGGCCCACUUCGUUGCCAAAGGCCGCAUACAGAAACUCGCACCGCAGAUACAGACACUUGCCGACCGCAUGUGUCGCCGCCUCGUGGAAGACUUCUCCGGCCAAGACAAGCCAGUGAUCCUAAACAACGUGUUCACAAGUUUCGUUGGUGAUGUCACGACGCAGUACAGUUUCAACCGCGACUUCAAAUACCUCGAGGAUCCGAACUUCUUGUCACCGUUCACCAGAGAGAUUAGAAGUUUCUUGGCCAUGGUGUACCCGUGCACACAAUUUCCGUGGCUUGGCCGGCUCUUGUACACACUACCAGAUUCACUGGUAAGCUCUGUGCAACCUGCAACACAGGGACUUCAAGAAUUCCGAGCCUCCAUGAGCACACUUAUUCACCAAGCGAAAGAAGAUGUUCGAGAGGGAAAUUGUGAGACUGAUAAGACUGUUAUGCACGGUAUUCUUGAUUCUAACCUGCCGCCAUUAGAAAAGAGUAACAAAGUAUUAAUAGAUCAGGCGGCGGGGCUGGUAGCUGCGGGGAUUCUGCCAUAUCUCACUGCUUGCGUUGAAGAAGCCAUUCGUCUAGCGUGUGGUCAAAUUACGCGUUACCCGCGCAUUUCGCACCUCUCAAUCAUCUACGGCGAUUAUAUUAUGCCCCCAGGUACUCAAAUUUCGAUGGACACUUGGCACAUGCACCAUAAUGAGACCCUAUACCCAGACUCAUACGCUUUUGUACCUGAGCGCUGGAUAGGCGAUUCUCGAGCACCAGACGGGAAGCCACUGAAACAUUAUAUGGUGGCUUUCGGUAAAGGAACGAGAAACUGCCUAGGUAUGAAUCUUGCGCAGGCCGCGAUCACGAUUGCUUUAGCUUCGCUGGUCAGGAGGUUUGAGUUUGAGUUGUUUGAGACGAGCUAUGAGAUGGAUGUGCAGGUUGCAAGGGAUGUUGUCGCUCCAGGUACUCACCCGGAGAGUCUUGGUGUACGAGUUUUCGUGAAUUAG